AUGAAGCGAACUAGAGAUGGCUAUCCUAUCAUAUUGAUGCAUCGAGGGAACCGAGCACCCUCGUCGUGCCAAGCCUGCCGCGAGAAGAAACGCCGCUGUGAUCGCACCCAGCCAUGUUCGAACUGCAUGCAAAGGAACAUCUCAUGCGAAUACCCUGGACAGGAUCCCGAGAGCUCAGAAAGGGAUGCCUCUCAAGCACUAGGUAUGGCUAGUUCGAGCCAGUCGACUAUUGCCCAGUCCCAGGCUCCCGCUACUGUGUCUACACCUCAGUAA